UCAGCAUAAUCUUAACCUUAGCCAUCACAAACUGGAUUUGGUUGUGCAGAGUGCACUCCCAUCUUCCAAUCAAACAUGUCUUCAUCAUCAUCAUCAUCAUCUCUGAAAAUUGGCAUCAUUGGGUUCGGCACCUUUGGCCAGUUUCUGGCAAAGACUAUGAUCAAACAAGGCCACACUCUUACAGCUACUUCAAGAACUGAUUACUCCCAACACUCCCUCCAACUUGGCAUCCAAUUCUUCAGGGAUGUGAAUGAAUUCCUUGAGGCUGAUAAUGAUGUCAUACUCCUAUGCACAUCCAUUAUUUCUUUAUCUGGGGUUCUUGAUUCUAUGCCAAUUUCUUCUCUGAAGCGAUCAUCAACACUCUUUGUUGAUGUUCUUUCAGUCAAAGAGCACCCAAGAGAACUUCUUCUGCGGAAAUUGCCAGAGGAAUCAGACAUUCUCUGCACUCAUCCCAUGUUUGGCCCAGAAAGUGGUAAGAAUGGGUGGAAGGAUCUCACUUUCAUGUACGAUAAAGUUCGAAUUCGAGAUGAAGUUAUCUGCUCUAAUUUCCUCAACAUUUUUGCAACCGAGGGUUGCAGGAUGCUACAAAUGACAUGUGAAGAACAUGAUAAACUUGCUGCUAAGAGCCAAUUUAUCACACACACUAUAGGAAGGACAUUGGCAGAAAUGGAUGCUAAAUUCACACCUAUUGAUACAAAGGGCUUUCAGACACUUGUUCAAUUGAAGGACAGCACCAUGAGAGAUAGUUUUGAUCUGUAUAGUGGAUUAUUCUUGCAUAACAGAUUUGCUAGACAAGAGCUGGAAAACCUAGAACAUGCCCUACACAAAGUGAAAGAGAUGCUGGUUCAAAGGAUGAGUGAUGUGCUGGGUACAGAGAAGACUGCAUAAUUCUAUAGUGAAUUUUAUGUAGGUAUAAUAAUCUCUUUAUACCAAGGGUGUAAAAUAAUGAUUUUCCCCAUUGAUUAGUGGGGCUCAUUAAGAUUUCAUAAUCCCUUAACUUUUAUGGGUAUUCAUUUCUUGGACACUAAAAUGCCUUCUUAGUGGUGGAGGUCAAUCAAUUUCAUUUAUAAUAUAAUUU